UGUUGUUACAACACUUGUAAAUAAAAGAAAAAAGAAGGUCAUGUCAACACAUUACGAAGUGCUUCAAGUAAGCGAAUCAGCUUCACAAGACAUGAUUAAACAACGUUUCCAGCAAUUGAUUUUAAAACAUCAUCCUGAUAAAAAUACACAACAAACUAAUCAGGACCAAUCACAUGCUAUUUUAAAAGCUUGGGAAGUUCUGAGAGAUACCACACGUCGUAGAGCCUACGAUAUCGAACUUGAAUGCCAAAGAAAUAAACAGGACAUGGCGAUUGGAGCAGAAGUAGAUUUAGACGACAUGGAGUACAAUGAAGCGCAACAGUCUUUCUCAUUGGUAUGUCGUUGUUCGGGUGAUUACGUAAUCACAGAGGAUGAAUUAGAAGUUGGGAUUGAUGUGGUUGGCUGUAAUAAUUGCUCCCUUCGUAUACGUGUACUGUAUGAUGUUGUAGAAGAGUAAUAAAAUUUAGAGAUCACCUGUAAACACACGUCAUUGCGAUAUGCAUUUCUUAUCACGUAUUGUCAAGCAGAGUUUGAUGCUGUAAUUAAAGAGACAUUGACAGCUGUUUCGUUGUU